CCUCCUCCUCCAUCUUUUUCCUGCUCCCCCGCCCUCUUUUUUUUUUUUGCCCCCGAGCGAGCGCGCAUGCUCCCCUCCUCAUCCACUACCCGGGAUGCCGGGACACCGCCGGCCACCCGUCCCGAUGAUGGCUCCCCGACUCGGGACCCCUCUCCCGACACCGGGCAAGCGACUGCCCCCUCCUUCUUUGGGUCAACGGCCUUGCACCAGUCGCUAUCCGGCCUGACGGCGGGCGCCUCAACCACGCUGCUCCUUCACCCGCUGGAUUUCUUGAAGACCCGCAUGCAGGUCAGCUCCGGCUACACGUCCUCCCUCAGGACGGCCCGAGGGAUCUUGGCGAACGAAGGAUUCCGGGCUUUCUACUCCGGCCUGACCCCCUCCAUCAUCGGGACUUCCCUCUCGUGGGGGCUGUACUUUGGCUGGUACUCCUUUUACCAGCGCCUCAUCGCCCCGGAUGCGGUCCCGGCCUACUCGUCGACGACCGGCCAGGAUCAGGUCUUCCUGACGCCCCUGCAGACGAUGGGCGCCUCGGCUUUGGCCGGCAUGACCACCUCCCUCAUGACCAACCCCAUCUGGGUGGUGAAGACCCGGAUGUGUGUGCAGCAGCACCCAUCGGCUGGCGGGCCGCCGGCCUACUCCAGCGUCUCUUCUGCCCUUUUGUCUAUCGCUCGGAAUGAGGGCCUGCGCGGGCUGUACCGUGGAUUUGGCAUGGCCCUACUCGGGUCGGCCCAUGGCGCGGUGCAGUUUGGCGUGUAUGAGCCGCUCAAGCGCCACGUCAGCGUCUUCCGCUUCGGUGCCCCGGGCCAGCGUCUUAGCGCAACCGAUCAGCUGCUGUGUGCCUCGGUCAGCAAGGUGGUUGCCGUGGUCUCCACCUAUCCGAUUCAGCUGGUGAAAACCCACCUGCAGCGCGAGCGUGUGAAGCACCUCAAGAUCUCGACCCUCCUUCGGGAGAUCUUCGUUGCCAACGGAGUGACUGGGCUGUACCGCGGCCUGGGGCCGGCUCUGUUGCGCGUUCUCCCCCAGAGCUCGCUCACGUUGCUGGCGUACGAGCAGAUUUCCGUCCUGCUGGACACGUCCCAGUCGUGAGUGAAACCCACGGGGGGCUGGGCCCAUGUCCUUUCUCUUGCUGCCGCCCCGCCCCCCGUUACACAGGGACCGGGGCACACCACACAACCAUAGACAACAAUAAACGGUGCUGGCCUCCGGCGCACCCGCACCCCUCACCAGCCAAUGCAUCGGGCGGGACUCAACAAGCGGGGAACGGAAAGCCAGGCACACGGGGGUGUAUUGG